UAUUAUGUAUUGUACUUUAUUUAUUUUUAUGUCAUAAAUAUUGGUCUUAUAAUCACAGGUGAAAAUAUUUUCUUAUGUAUACCACCCUUGUAAAGGACAUUAGCCAUUUAAACAUUUGCAUAAAUAUUUUGGGGAUUAAAUCCUGUCAACAUCAUGGCUCUACUUAGUUUUUAAAAAAAAGGAUGGCUGGAGGAGUGAAGGACUCAGGAAAAGAAAACUCAACAUUUGCUAAAUUUGGAACAUACAAAGAAAAUGACAUAAUGGGAGGCCAACAUUUUGAUUUUCUUCUGGAACAUGAACACAGUGUCCUUGUGUUGUAAUUUGUGGCAUAACUAUCUGCGUGUGAGUAUUAAGUAUGCAGUAUGACACACUGCAGCCCUCCUACACUCCUCUAUACAACCGAUGCACAAACAAGCUGGCCUGUCAUAAGAGAAGAGUGGAAGACUUUGUGAGGACGCUGACUUUUCACACCAUCAAAACUGAUUGCUGAGUUAAAGACGUGGACUCAUCUGGGUGGCAUAUCACAAUCACACAUCUUUCAAGGACUUCUUCAAACUAAGGCUUCCUGGGGAGUUUUGUAUGAAAGUUCUUUAUAAGUGAGAUCUGCUUUUUCAAGCAAACAUGGCGUCGACGAGUCUUCAACUUCUGGGCUUGGUGUUAGCGGUGCUAGGCUGGGUGUGUGGGACUCUGGUGUCUGCGGCCCCUCUGUGGCGCGUGUCCGCCUUCGUGGGUGGGGAGUUGGUGAUCGCCCAGGUGAUGUGGGAAGGACUCUGGAUGAACUGCCUGUCUCAGACCACAGGUCAGAUCCAAUGUAAGACGUACGACUCAACGCUGGCCUUGCCCACGUCCACCCAAGCCGCUCGGAGCCUCACUGUUCUCUCUCUGCUGCUCUGCAUUCUGGCCCUCCUACUUGGGGUGAUGGGGGCCAAGUGCACCCACUGCCUGGGUGACACUAACCAAGCCUCCAAGGCUCGCCUCGCCAGGCUAGCAGGGGUGCUCUUCAUCGUGGCUGGUCUGGCCUUUUUGAUACCCAUCUGUUGGACUGCCUAUUCAAUAAUCAGGGACUUUUAUGAUUUGAAUGUUGCAGCACCUCUAAAGAGAGAGUUGGGACCGGCGCUCUAUCUGGGCUGGGGCGCCAGUGUGCUUCUGCUGCUGGGGGGCGCUCUCCUGCACUUUGGUUCUUCUCCAAAAGGAGGAGGAUCACCGUCUGUUGGAAGAGCAGCAAAAGACAACCCUCAUUCAGGGGCAGCAGGAGAGGCAAAGCCACAGGAAAAAUCUUUUGUGUAAAAUGUGUUGGAUUUUACUGGAUGUAACAGCUGAGGGAAUUUUACUUGUCAUGUGUUUUUUUUAUGUGUUGUUUUAUAUAAACAACAAGUAAAUCAAAUCGGAAAAAAAAUCGGAUUUAUAAAUGGGUGGUUUUAUUCGAGUCACUGGGGGUGUUACAUACUGUGAUGUUUACUAAUGUGUAUAAUAUGCAUUUGUCAAAUUUCACUCAGUCUCUGUGUGUGUAUGUGGCCACUAGAGUGGGUGGGAAGCACACAGAGGACUAGUGUACGUCGUCAAUUUGUGUGUGUGUCUGUGUGUGUGUGUGCGUGUGUGUGUAUACGCUCGGGAGAGAACGGGAGAAUGAGAACGUGAGAGAAGCAAAGUACUGUUCCUGUUUAUUUGUGAAUUUUUAUUCUGGGUAAAGUAGUUUAAUUGUCAAGAUUAUGUCAAAUUAUUUUUUACACUUAUUUUUUACUCUUCAUUUUUUUGGAGUUUCGUUUUUGUCUGUAUUCCAAAUGUGUUGCUGACUGUCAUUAUUAACGCAAUGAAAGUGCUAUUUACAAAUUUUGAUUUGCUCAUCUACAUGUGUUUAACAUAAAUAAUUCUUAUUAUUUAC